GUUUGCUAGUUCCCUUCUCGCGACACCCCGACGACACCAACAGGACUAAGCUGGUCGAAAAGUCAAGAUGCCUCGCGGACCGAAGAAGCACCAGAAGCGCUUGAGCGCUCCCAAGCACUGGCUUCUGGACAAGAUGUCCGGAACCUAUGCUCCCAAGGCAUCUCCCGGUCCUCACAAGCUCAGGGACUGCCUUCCUCUCAUCGUCUUCAUCCGCAACCGUCUCAAGUACGCCCUGAACACCCGUGAGACCAAGGCGAUCGUCAUGCAGCGCCUGAUCAAGGUCGAUGGCAAGGUCCGCACCGACUCGACUUAUCCUGCCGGUUUCAUGGAUGUUAUCACCAUCGAGAAGACUGGCGAGAACUUCCGUCUUAUCUAUGACACCAAGGGUCGCUUCACCGUCCACCGCAUCCAGGCCGAGGAGGCGGAGUACAAGCUCUGCAGGGUCAAGCGCGUGCAGCUUGGCAAGGGCGGGAUCCCAUUCUUGGUUACGCACGAUGCGAGAACCAUCCGCUACCCUGACCCAGCCAUCAAGGUCAACGACACCGUGAAGAUCGACAUUGCCACUGGCAAGAUCACCGACUUCGUCCGCUUUGAUACCGGUGUCGUCUGCAUGGUCACUGGUGGUCGUAACAUGGGUCGUGUUGGUGUCAUCACCCACCGGGAACGUCACGAUGGUGGUUUCAAUAUCGUCCACAUUAAGGAUGCUGUUGACAACUCCUUCGCUACCCGCGAGUCCAACGUCUUCGUUAUUGGACAGGACAAGCCCUGGAUCUCCCUACCCAAGGGCAAGGGUGUCAAGCUCUCCAUUGCUGAGGAGCGUGACCGCCGCCGUGCUUAUGCUCUUGCUCAGUAGAUGUGUAAUGACAAGAUGCGUUAGGUAUAGCAUAUUGAUAAAAAAUUUUAAUACCCAUUGAAAAAUAAAAUUAACGGAAUUUGCUCGGGAAAAGUGGCCCAUCUUCUUGUUCAUUAUCGAUCAAUGGGAUACAUGUUGAUUUACGGUACUUUUCUUCUAUGUUCCCCUGAUUAUGGGAUCGAGACCAAUUCUCAAGUAGCAGUCAGUCUAGGAGCACGUUGAAUUGGUAGUAAUCAGCCUUGGUAUUACCC